GGCGGCGUGACGCGGGCACGCAGAGGGGCGCGCGUGUUCAGUGAUUGUGCUGUGUUAGACCAGCAGGACUUUCUUCAUCAGUGACUUGAUGUGUUUUGAGGAGUUCUAUGUGCUGAGGAAUUAAGAUGAAUGAAGUACUUUAUUGGCCAUAGCAGGAUCAGGAUGUGCAAGGAACGCUGUCAUAUCUGUUAGUGGGCAUAAUGCAGAAUCCUUUAACUUUUUCUGCAGAAGUCAUCUUUUGAUGUCGUUUCUCGGUGGAGUGUCUUGGAUUUUUGGCUUCAUUAUUAGUGAGAGUAUUUGCUUGUAUAUUCCCAAGUCUGUAAAUGUUCAGCCAUAACUUUUAUUUCCUUUCGUUGUUGUUCUGUAUUGUGAUACUGGUAUUUAAGUAUAAUUUUUAACAUACACUAUUUUUAGUAGUAGUUCUUAAACGUAAGUGAAUGCUUGAUGGAUAUGACAUAAAGGCUAAUGGACCCUGCUGAAUCAUUUUAGGCUGUCAGUUAAGUUUCCAUUGUUAGUACUUAUGUUAAUUAAGAAAAGCACUCUAUAUUACUUGUCUGGAAGUACUGAGCUUUUACUGUCAUAUAAGUUUAUACUUUACCUGUUCUGUCAAGUCUAUGAUAAUUCUGAGGAAGCUAUUCCAAGAGGACAUCACAUUAAUUGAUCUUUGUUGAUGUAGUUCUAAUGGGACUGUUUUUUCAAGGCAGGUAGUACGUACCAUUGUAUAAAGACAUCCACUGUGCAGUGUGCUCUACAUCCAUAUACUUGUGUGUGAAAUACCUGAAAUUCCCAUAACUUAAAGAAGGUGAAUUAAAGGUAUCUGACUAUCAUGUAGUUAAACUCUGUUAUCUGUUAACAAAGUUAUUUCUGGAUAACUGAGGGAGAUACAGACUGUGAAGCUGUUUGCAAACUCAAAAAAAAAGUUGGUGUUUUUUUGUUUGUUUGUUUAAGAAAAAUCCAUUGCAGACUGUAUCCCAUUACCAGCUUUCAUGCAGAGUGAGUUAUAAAGGCCAUGUUCUAAUUUUUGGAGGUGUUGCUUAUGAUGGAGCUCAUAACCAGACCCUGACCAAGAGCUGCAUCAGCGUGAAAUCAUGAUGCUCUACAAAUGUACUGGGCUCAGUGUAUUUUUGGUGUUCUGUAGCUAUCACUCUUUUUUGUCCUUAUACCAUGCGCAACCUUUGAUUCUUUAAAUGUUAUGACCCUUUGAAAAUAUCAAAGUUAUUAACAAUUUAUUAUGAUUUAUGUGCAACUGUAACAUCAGUACGUCUCUUACAAAUAAAAGGUUUGAAAAUGAAUGGCGUUGGAAGUACAACAUAUCCAUCAGCUACAUCCAAUAUGGUAUUUUUGUCAGCCUUUCUGUACAACCAACAGGCUUGUUAUUUUUCAGCUGAGUACAGAAGUAAUGGUGAUUGCAAGUUCCUUGAGUGACAGUGUAAACUCUUCACUGCUACCGUUUGCCAUGUAGUAGCAGGAAUUCUGUAAUUUGAAAUGUGCUCCUUCUGCACAUAUUUUCUUCAUGUUAAAAUAUUAUAUAAGAACGGUGAUUUUUUUGCAUGUACAAUGAGCAAUGGUGUACAUUUAAAACAGGUGCACUUCUCUGAGUAAAGAGAAAUAGUUAACUUCUGAGAUUUCGUAGUUCCAAUGAAAAUUAUAAAAUCAUAAUAGAAAUACCUUAUUCUGUCAUUCACAUCCAUGUAGAUAUUUGCAUUUGAACAAAUGUUUUUUUUGUUUGUAUGUUUGUUUUUUGUAUGCUCUAGAAUGAUACAAAAUAAAUUUGAACCUUAGAGAGUUAAAAUCCCCUUGGGUGGGCACUUUCAGAUUUAUAAAGUGCUUUUGCUAAAUGUCUCUAAUCUGUAAUAACUGUGUAUAUUGUACAACUGUUAUGUAAAAUAUAAGACUAUCAUGCUUUUUCUAGGAACUUGUUUAAUACUUUCUCAUCUUUUUGAAAUAUUCAUUAGAAAAGUAUGCUCAUAGGCUGAUAUUGUUUUGCUCCUCAGUGUGUUUGUUUUAAUAAAAAUCAUCAUAUAACUUUAAAAAAAGUGAUUGUAUAGUUUAAUACAGUAGUUUAAUAUCAAUGUUAGUGUAGUCAUUUGGUGCUAGGAGAUCUCAGACUUCAAUUAACCAUGUAAAUGUGUUCCUUAGCAUCAGCCCUCACUUUUCUGGAACCCCUGCUGCCUUUAUAUCAUUAACAUAAAUGCAGGUGCAAAUAGCAUUUAUGCACUUUGAUGGAAAGCAGUUGGAGACAUUUCACUGUGGGACACGACACUUUCAGAUUGUGUACAUCUGUUCAAAUAAUGUAUCCAAGCCAGUGACAUGAAUGCAAGGAUAAAAACAUCUGCCCCUGAGACCAUUUGCCAUACGGCAGAUGCUUACAUCUUUAUUUAUGCAGAUGGUUUGUGUGAUGAGCUGAGAAAUGAUGAAAGCAGGGAAGUUUGACAAAGAUUUCAGGGCAUUGCUUGGGAUGGGAAAAUAUGUUGGCAACAGAACUUAAUUUUCAGAUGUCUAUAAAAAAAAUAUCUGUUAUAGUUACUAAUGUUUUUAGUAACACAGACAUAUUUGAGAUAUUAAUGAUAUUUAAAAAUUCUCUAAACUAUUUUUUAAAUCAAUUUAGUGCAAAAAUUGUACUGCAGUUAGAGAAGAUAAUAGUUUAAUGGGAAGGCUCAACAGAUAAUAACUUGUUUAAUUGCUUUUACCAGGAAGGCUCAACAGCUUGGCUUCAAGAUUUUCACGUUUUCUAUUUAUUCAAAAUACUGAGUUGAGUGAAAGGUUUGCACUAAGUAGAAUAUUUUGCAAUACUAAUGUAACCUUGGGAAGUGUGUAAAGGCUGUAUGUUAAGCUUUUGUGUCAUUUACGAUUUUUCAGCAGAAGCUGUAUUUACUGUUACAAGAAAAUUAGAUUUGUAGGCCAGUGUUUCCAUUUUUUGAAAAUUAGUGUAGAUUAAUUUGCAUGAGUCGCAUAUCUAAGCUGAGUUGGCACUGAAUAAAUAAAAAGCAAAACAGUAAUGGCUUAGACCUCAGUGCUUAAGCUGGAGGAGCCCAACCCGAGGCGUGGAUGGAUGGGGCUUUGUGCUACACCCGACUCCCUCUGCUGGACUUGUCGGACCAGGACCUGCUUUGUCUACAGGAGCAGUUGCCACUCUGAACACAGCGAGCACUCCAGCUAAACAUAAAUUUAAUUUUAUAUUUAAUGAUAUUUUUGCUUGUAGCAAAUGAAGGAUGUCAUCUGUGGCAUACAUUCUUGCUAAUUGUGUUCCUGUUUUAAUUCCAUCGUAUAUUAGUACUCCUUUACAAGUGCUGGCUAAUACAUUAUCACUUAUCAGCAGCAUAUUCAAUCAAUUCCUUUACAGUACCUUCAGUACAGUUUCUUGAAAAUCAGUGCUGCCCUAGGUAGCACAGUUGCUAGCAUGGGCAAGUGUAGUAAUGUCAUAAAGCACUGAAGAUAAUGGGAAUUAUGCUUGGAGUGGGGAACAUGCUCUAAUUUAAAUUUUCUGCUACAUCCUGCUGCCAGAAGGGCCUUGCUAUGUUCAGGCAUAGCAGCAAGUGGUAACUUUCUGUUCUGAAAACAAAUGUCUUAGCCAGGCUCUUUCUGUAGAUGUUCACUUCCAUUUGCUCAAUGGUGGCUGUGUUUCCUUUCAGAAAUAUCCAAUCUAUUUGGAGUAUUGUGGAGAUCCUAUGAUCUUCAUUUUUGUUUUAGUUCUUACUGGAUGGAAAUGAUUACAGGUAGCAAUGUUUUGCGUAUCUCAGACAAAGCCAUGUAAUUAUCUUCUGAAGUAAACUUUCUUGUGAUAAAAGGAGGUGGGGGAAUAGUAUAAAAAGCAUUCCAAAGCAAAAGCCAUAGAGAUUCAUCAUUCACAGAAUCAUAAAAUGAAUCAUAGUGUCAUAGAAUGGCCUGGGUUGAAAAGGGCCAUAAUGAUCAUCUAAUUUCAACCCCCCCUACCAUGGGCAGGGUUGCCAACCACUAGACCAGGCUGCCUAGAGCCUAUCGAAAGAUAAUUGAGUUGGACCAUAAUGAAAAGAAAUGAACUAUUUACAAAAUCCAUCUGAAAAUAGUCUCCAAAAAUCAUCUAAGUUAAACAGUGUGUUCUAUAUUCCAGUCUCUUCGGAGAAGAGAACAAUAAAAACUAUUCAUAUGAGAAGACUCAGAACAAGUCAUGCCAUGUCUAACCAUCUUCUGAUCCUUUGCUCAGCUUCAGUGAGGGGACACUUUUUGAGUGCAAAAAUCACCAGACACAUGCUUCUAAUUUCUAAAGUAAUACACAUUUUCUCUAUGGAGAAUCUGUAAGAGAAAGCAGUGAAUUAAUCAUUUGUUUUCCCUUACACAGGUCUCUGUUCAGAUAGAAGUGCUCUGACUUUAACAUAAAACGGGUACCCUAUAAAAUGAUUAACUGUCUGACUCUUUUCUGGUGCUUUGUUUGCACAUCAGCAUUUGUGGGGGGGAAAAAAAGUUUGGGGUGUUAUAGUCUGAAUUCCCUUACUGCAACAAUAGUAGAUGUUUUCUGUCCCAGAGAGGGAUGGAAGAAAAGUUAAAUUCCCAGUGAAAUGAAGAUUGAUUCUGUUCUCAGCUUAUUUGAAAGAUGAGUAAGAAUCUAGUUGGAAAAUAUUUCAUGACUUAUUCAUAAAAUAGUUCUACUUGACCUUUCAUGCUGCUCAGUUUCUGAAGAAUUCUGCCUUCAUUUUUGUAUCAGACUCCAUCAUUAUUUGUAUCAGUCUCCUGCAUUUAACAAAAAACAACAACAACAAAAAAAGAGUCUAUUAAUUACCACUUAGAUUAGGUGUAUCAGGAUUUUGUCCAGGUUGAUGUGAUCUUGAUUGUCCUAUUAAAAAGGAUUUUACACUGACAUCAACUUUACAAUGAAUGAAUUAGUGUUUAGUCUGUAUGUUUCUUGAAACUCACUUAAAUAAAUUUAAACUGGCUGGUUUUCCAGAGAAUAACUUGAAAAAUCCACUUGGUCUUUUCUUCUGAAACUAAUGUUUGUUCUCAGCUCCUCAAAUACCUAAUUCAUAUUCACAAUGCCAUUGAAGGUUUAUGAAUUUAUAACCAGUGCUUUCGUUACCUCCCUUUAUCUUUUAUGAACAAUUAGUUCCUCCAGGUGGUUGCAGCACUGAAGCCUUGCUUUGCAAAUCUCUGGGGAUGGGCUCCUCCGUUGAGUGGAAUGACUGGACAAAAAGAACAAAGAUAAAAUACUGGAACUGCAGUGCUAUCAAAAUCAUUUCUUUUUUAAUCAACUGAGCUGUGUCAGAGCAGCAUGGUUUCUAGAAAGUGCACACUUUAGUUUUGACGUGGUUGAUGGUUGAAUCUAGCAUAGAGAUGUAUAGAAGCUGGAACGCGCUCUUUUAUCAUGUAUGUAUGUAACAGCAUCUCUCAGACAGAAGUGUUCUGUUCUUAAACGGAGAAGAACCAGUGUUCUCAUCUUUGUAAAGAUAAAAAGUGGUUUCAGAGGCCAGGCAACCCUUAGGUUUAUUUGCAAAAACAUUAUUCCUAAAUUUUCUUACUGUGUUAGAGAGAGAAAAGUGUGUGAGUUCUUCAGCUGUAAAUAAUAUUAUUAAUUAUUAUACGUGCUCUGUGUCUAGCUCUUUUUGUGACAGUUUUUGUUUCUUGAUAUGAAAACAUUUUAAUCUGUUUAAAGCCUAUUAUUUUAACUUUAAUAUGAAAUGAGUAGUUCAUAAUUUGAAAGAUAGUGCCUUCAAAAGGAAAAAAAAAAAAGCUUUUUUAAAGUUCUCAAACACAACUAUAAGAAGCUAAGAAGAGUCUUUUGGAAACUGUCUAAGGAAUACAGGAAUUGUCCUGCUGUUCAAUGGAUUUCUUGAAAUGUUCUUUAAUCUUGAUCCCAUAAAAUAGCAAAAUUGCACAGAGUUUAAAGCAAAGAAUGUCUCUAAAUGGUAAAAUGCUUUGUGAACAACUGUCAAAUUAUAUUGAUGCUGAAAUGACUAUUAAUUAAAGAUAGCUUUAAAGAGAUCUAAUUUCCCUUCUUAGUAAUUUAACAAGCUAUUUUGAUCUCGUUCCUCCAAUGGUGUGUCAGAACACGUUUUGUAGAUGUGAUUGUAUGUUGUGUAUCUUAGUCUUCGUGCAAAUGUUCUGUGCUUUUCCAAUCUUGCAACAGAGUACUUUUUUAUAAUAUUUGGUUUCCCAAUGUAUUUUAAAUUGCACAAAAGGAUUUCUAUGUAAACGUAAUUAUGUUAUCAAGCAUUGAAAGGUAAGGAGUGCAAGGUAUGAGAUUAUCCAUGCAGUUUAAAUGCUUCUCCAUUCCAAAUUACAUGUCCCUUUCUCAUCUUAAGUCUACUCAUAAUUCCUUUAUCCUCAUCUGACUCUAUCCUAGACACUUUCCAAAUCUCAUUUCUAACUUUCUUGACAUUUUUCUGCUUGCCCUCUGUAUAUCCUAGUUUCUCUUCCAUGCUGUGUGAGCCCAGCAGUUAAGAGCUAAGGAGAUUGAGGCUGUUUCUUUGUUUCCAGCAUUGAUGUUUGGAACUAAAACUGUCCUUUUUGGAAAAACCCAUCUCAGCCUGAAGCACAAAACACAUUCAGUAGAACAUAAUCAUUGGGAAAAGUUAGUUUCUCAAAAUGUUUUUUGAGCAUAUGCCAAGAGCCUACAACUUUGGCCAAACUGGGGCAGCUUUUCAGGAAGACAAGAAAUUGCUGUGUCAAAUGUCAAGGUCUUCCUGUAGUAACUUACUAGAUUUUUAUUAAAAAAAAUAAAAAUGCACACACCUGGAGACGGCUGACAUUUUCUGUUAAUUUUUUAAAAUUAUCUGAGGCAAGUAGCUAGAAUGGAAGAUUCCACUCAAACCAUUUGUAUUUGGCAAAGAGAAAUGACUGAACAUUGUUUCUUACAGUAUGUGGUGUUGGACACUCCUGACUUGUGCACUUUAUUACCAACUUCACAUCUUACAGGUGUGCAGAAAAAGUAGUUUUGAACAUAAAAGGCCAAAUUCUGUUUUCUAGAAUGGCUGCCAUUCUGUUAAUUUAAGUAAGAUUAAGGGAAGUGUCAAUUGGCAUAGAACUUAGCCUUCUGUAUGUAAAAAAAAACCUCCAUAAAGUUAUGGAAACUUCAUUGUCUGAGCUUUUGGUUUUAGUACUGUUGGCUCUCUACCAUGAUGCUCAAGCUAAACAUUGUUAAACAGCUUUACUCCUUUAUUGAACUGUUGCCGUGUAUUUGGCAUGUAAUAUAUUGGAUUUUAAAACAUUUGUGAAGAUAGGAAAACAGCAAAGACCAAGAAGCAGUAGCUUUUUUAAUGCAUUAACUUGAAGAUAAUGUUUUAUAUACUUUUUGGUGCUGGGAUCUAUUGAUAACUGACUGAAGCACUUUUGCAGGUGGUGUUUUUUUGCAUGCUAAUCCUGCAGAGAAACAAAGUGUUCAACAGAGUAUGCUGGGUCAGCAAAAGCAAGAAACUUGUGCUGGAAAGACAGUAUCCACAGAACUGAGUGGUCCUUCUUCUGUGUAAAUUCUGCCAUUUGUCCAGUCAUACACAAAUUAAGUACAUGCCUGCACAAGUAAGGAAGGCUUACAAGAGUUAUUUAAAAAAGAAAAAAGGCAUUAAUACUCAGUGACUUCAGGAAUUCUGAGUUGUUUUUUGUUUUAGCUUUUAAAUUUUUUUUGUAUGUUUCAAGCAGAUUAGGUGGGAAAUAUAAUUUCUUCUGGUGCUUUCAGUGAUGCCCGAGUUCACCAGUGUUCCAUGCUAUAUAUGUAUGGCGAGAACAAACAGAAAGACAUACAAAAAGAGGGCAAAAAAGAUAGGAAUAAACUAAAUUUGCAUGACUUGUGAAGGACAGGGAGCUGUGAAUGAGUGGCAGCCCAGUGGAAGAUAUUCAUUCCUCCAGAGGACUCUCCUCAGCAUGACUCUAUCAGAAGUUUGAUGCAUCGUUGAUUUUUAUUGGUGUAUCAUUGGCCAAUCCUAUACAAUUUUAAGUUGGUUUUUUGACAGCUUCAUCAAGUAAGCUUUAGCCUGUAUCUAAUAAAACCCACAAAUUCUAAAUGGUACAAGAAUUUUGAAAGAUGGCAUGAUACCAAAUAAAAGGUAUGAUCAAACUCAGUAAGCUUUUACACUGUGAAAAGUUUAAAUACAAUCCGUGCCCUGUCGGUUCUUCCAAAUGAAUACUGAAACCAUGCUAGUGCAGCUUUUCCAGGGCAGAAGAAGCUUGUGCACAUAUAUGUCCUGAAGUGUUGUGUAGCUUUUGAUCUAGAAUGAAACAUACAUUUAAAAUUAGAAUAAAAAAUGGUUUUUUUCUUGCUCUUUUUUUUUGUUUUUGUUUUGCAUAUGUAUAUGUGCAUUGUUUCAGAGGGUAUUUUUGUUUUGUCUUAGACUUUUGCAAUUCCAGACUUCACUUAGUGCUCAUUUAAAUAACUAAUAUUUUUAAUAAGCUUGUGUUUAAUAGUAUCCUUUGUAAGCAGUUUUAUUUCUGCUACAGUAAUUUUGAAAAAGAAAUACUAUACAGUUUACUAUUGUCUGUGUUAUCUUAUUGUUACAGAUAAACACAAAUCCCCUACAGACAUAAUACAGAAUUUUCAGAAGAAAAGUCAGUUUAGGACCAUUGCUCCAAAAAUGGUGCCAAAAGUUUUAACAUCUGGAAUGGUUUCUUGUCUUCAGUCAUCUUUACCUGAACAAUGUACACCGAUUUCAGCAGCAGGUUCUAAACCACUGGUUGUACCAGCUCAAAACUAUGCCGUCAUGCAGGUUGCUGGUCAUGAGGGCACUUUAUCUCUUUUGGCCUUGCCAUACGUUACCCCUGCCAUGAUACAGCCAAGCCAGCGAACAAACGUGGCCCAUUCUGAAAACCUAAAGUUGCCUAUCCCUCGGUACCAAUCUGUAAAAAACAAAUUGCUUUGUGACAAUAAAACAAGCCAAGCCUCUGUUUUGAAUACACAGAGCAAGAUUCCUACCAAAGGACAGAUCUCACUGCAGACUUCUCCCAUGACUGCCUUAGCUGAAGACUGUCCAAAAGCUCAUUCUAGCUCAGACUCAUCUGAGCCAGUGAUGCCAACAGACCAUAAUUCAUCUGAAAUGAUGGUUGCUACAUUACAAAGUAAAAACAGUUGUGUGGAAUCUGGAUCUCCUUCAGUUAGCAAAACAAAAACGGCUAUCAGUAAUGUUUCUGGACCAUCUAUAGUUAAAGAGUCUUCAAGCAAGCCAGAAAAUUCAAGUAGUCCUGUGAAAUUUAUCCUGGACUCUGUGAAGACAGCAUCUGCAACCGCAAAAGAGUCAUUCAUUAUGUCAGAGAAACUAAAGGAAAAACCCACAAAUUCUGCAAAUUCUGUUCCCGUCCUGUCACCAGCAGUUUUUGGCAGUACAGUACAGAUGACUCCACCAGCACCAACAGGAAAACUUCCUAUUUUGCCUUACUCAAAAAUGAAAAAUUCAGUGUUUUGUAAAUCACAAAGUCCUAGUGUAAAGGAUAUAUCUGGUAUUUCACUAAGACCUGAAUGUGAAAAGACACCAACUUUGGCGAAAACUUUUCAUGCUCCUGCUAAAGCAUCUGAUAAAUGGUUAGCUGUAUCUUUGACUCAAGUCCCCAAGCAAACCAUUCGGGAGAAUACUUUCUCUCCAUCCAAAAAAGGGGAUGCUGACAGCCUUAAAAAGUUGAACGGUACACCCUCUGAAAGGAGAGGCAGGAUGAGAAGAGUCCAAGAUGAUUUAUUGGCUUUUCAGGCCAAGCGAAGGAAAUGCAUCGUUAAUAAAUUUAGAGAAGUAAGAGAGAGGGUGAAAGCUGAUCUUCAGCCACCUGAAGACAAAAAAGCAGAGGCAGUGAAGAAAUACCGUAACAUUAGACCCAAACCAGUGGUAGUUGUGCAGGCAAUUGCACCGCUGACUUCUACAGCACUGGUAGAGGCAAAGUCUACUGACCAUUUAGACAAAGGUGUUUCUUUGAACAGUUCACUUGCUAAUAAAUAUUCAAGUUACAAGUACAAUGAUACCACAUCAGCUACAUCAGUUGAUUCGGGUAGAAAUGCGUACUCAGCUGUACCCAAGCCAUGGCAUAGAUGCAAUGUAUGUAACCAUAACUUCCAGUUCAAACACCAUCUUCAGGACCAUAUGAACGCACACACAAACAAACGGCCCUACACUUGUCGAAUUUGCCGGAAGGCGUACAUUCAUUCUGGAAGCCUGAGCACGCAUAUGAAACUUCAUCACAACGAAGGCAAACCCAAAAAGCUUGUGUGUUGUGAAUUCUGUGCUAAGAUUUUUGGCCAUGCAAAAGUAUACUUUGGUCACCUAAGGGAAGUGCACAGGGUUGUUAUUAGCACAGAGCCCUCUGGUAGUGAGCAACAGAUGCAAGAUGCUUUGAGGAACAGGGACACAAAUAUAAAAGAGGCAGAAGAAGCAACAGAAAGGGGAAAUAGAUGUGAUUUUGAAGACCUAUUCCACAAUCCAGGAGAAGUUAAAUUACAGAUCAGAUGUGGUCAGUGUCAGUUCAUUGCGCAGUCUUUUGGUGAAAUGAAGUUUCACUUGUUAUGCUCUCAUGGAGAAGAGAUCCAGGGAAGAGUAAAGGAAGGAGCUCUGCAAGGAAAUAGAGGAGCUAGGGGAGAACUGAUAAAACAUGCAGCUCACUUCUGGAAACAGCGCAAUGAAAGAAGACAUUUGGCAAAAUGUGGUGACAGUGAGGAGGAGUUGUAUGCUUUUCCAAAACUGAAAAGACAAAUAUACCUUCACCAUCCAAGUAAUGUUGAUACAUUAACUAAAAGUGAAAUGACUCAGUCAGGAAGCAGUGAAGCAGCCAAGGAGAUGCAAAAUGUAGGUUGUGGUACACCAAGCAAAAAGAUUGAAUUUUGGUCUAAUGCUGGAUAUAACUGCAUUUUAUGCAAGCAGUUAUUUGGAAGAAAAGAGGAUCUUUGUAAUCAUUGGCAAAGUCGUCAUAACUGUGAAGACUCUUCUAUUUUAUGGACAAUUUUUAGUUUCUUCUCAAAACAGGGUAUUGUUGAACUUUCUAGUAUUGGUGAAUGUUGAGGCUCAGUUCUACAUUGCUGUGUUGAUGAACUGACAUGAGAUGCAUUGCUUCAGAGGUUUGCUCAGUACAGUGGCUUUUUAGUAAUCAAUUUCAAUCUUUGAUCACCUUUGUUUUAUUAAGUAGAACAUUUAUUAAUCCAUUAUCUUUCCCGAUGGGUAAAUGCAGGCUGGUUAUGAAAUACUGUACUUAGUAUUCAUGUGUGAGGAAUUCGCAGCAGCAAAUACUCAACGCUAAUGGUUAAAAUGAAGAUGCUCAAGUUCCAUUACACUUUACACACAGAAAUAAAUCAGUUUAUAUGAAGUAAUCCCAAUCUUGAAUGAAAUGGCAAACCAGUCUGAAAGUGUGAUUUCAAUCCUGACUGUGCUUCUAGAUUUUGUUCUCAAACUUUGUUUCUGUAGAGUUCAGUAGAUCAUUUUGAAGGUACAUACACACAACCUGCAUUACAUAGUUCUCUUUAAAAACCUUUUACAUCUUGUUUUCUGAAUUUCAGUCUUUUUGGACACUAAGUUUCUUAAAGUGUUACAUUCAGUCCCUGUAAUACCAGGCAUAUUUGGACUUCAAAGUGAAAAAUCUACAGCUUUCUUUCUUUCUUUCUUUCUUUCUUUCUUUCUUUCUUUCUUUCUUUCUUUCUUUCUUUCUUUCUUUCUUUCUUUCUUUCUUUCUUUCUUUCCUUCUUUCCUUCUUUCCUUCUUUCCUUCUUUCCUUCUUUCCUUCUUUCCUUCUUUCCUUCUUUCCUUCUUUCUUUCCUUCUUUCCUUCUUUCUUUCUUUCCUUCUUUCUUUCUUUCUCUCUUUCUCUCUUUCUCUCUUUCUCUCUUUCUCUCUCUCUUUCUUUCUUUCUUUCCUUCUUUCCUUCUUUCCUUCUUUCCUUCUUUCUUUCUUUCUUUCUUGUGUGUAGCCCUUUGGAUUGAAAACAAGAGUUGCUCACUACAUACGGAGAUGGAACCCUCACAGCUUGACUGCUUUAUGGAAACGGAAUAAAAGAAAAAAAGUUGUUUUAAAAAUAGUAAUUUGAGUUUGUUACUGCAGGGAAUUCUGACAUUCUGCAAUAGAUCGCAUGCUUCACUGUGAACUUUAAGCAUUUUCCGUGUUCCUCCAGUGGCAGCAGCACUACUGCUGUGAACACCUUUAGCACUCUGCCUUUAGCAUUCUUGGUAUAUCUCUUUUUAUUUGCAUGUAGUUGACCCAGACAUAGCUGCAAAGGGAAAUUGUUCCUCUGUUUCAGAGUCUAUGAUACAGGUAAUGAAGUUUUUUUCACUUGUAUUUCCACAUCUACUGUACAGAUGGAUCCAGAGGCCCUUUCCAGCUGUUCUCUGUGAUGCUGUGAAGUCAUUAUAUCACUGUUCAACAGAAGUUGGUGUACCAGAAGGCAAACAGAAAAAUACACCAAUACUAUUUCUAACCUACUACUCCAUUCAUUGUGGUCAAACUGUAAUUGAGGGAUUGCAGUGAUGAAAGAGUCAUUCCUAAAAUGCCUCACGUGGCCUCUCACUGUUUUGCAAAAAAUUUUAGUGAAGAGUUCCAAAAAAAUGUUGGGGAUUUCAAGGGGAAUUCCAGAAGCUGUUGGAAUAUUUUGCGUAUGUGUUUGUUUUUAAACAGUAAAGGCAGCUUUAUGAGCCA